AUGGCAUCGUCGAAGCUGAUGGCGUCGCGGAAUUCAGAUCUUAAGAGAAAACUUUCUGCUUGCGCUUCGGGUUCUUCUACGAGGUUGGAUGAUUUCCUGAGAAAUUCUUACGUGGAUAGUGAUCCAGACUCGGACCCGAGUCCGGGCCCGGAUCGGGACCCAGCUAUGGAGGGGGAGAGUUCUAGUACUUUGUUGAAUGCGGAUAUUAAGUUGUUGGAUGCGGCCGGGGCUGUGACUCCGAUUAGUGAUUGUGAAGUGGGGAACGAGGAGCCCCCUCGCGCGAUUAGGAAGACGGUGGAUGAUGUGUGGAGGGAGAUUGUGGCGGGAAAGAAGAGGCAAGCCGAACAGGUGCCCAAGCAGGAGAUGAUGACUCUCGAGGAUUUUUUGGUGAAGGCAGGGGCCGUAGAGGGUGAGGCCGGUGGAAUGACUAUGGAGGUGAAGGAGGAGACUAUGAUUGGUGGGGUUUACGGGCACGAUAAUUCUCCGGUGGUGGGAAUAGGAAUCGGGUUAGGGGCAGGGGUGGAUGUUGGGGGUUUUGGGAACGGGAGAGGGAGAGGAAAGAGGAGCAUGAGCUUGUUAGAACCGUUGGAUAAGUUCCCACAGCAAAAGCCGAGGAGCUUGAGCUUGUUAGAACCCUUGGAUAAGGCGGCACAGCAAAGGCAGAGGAGGAUGAUUAAGAAUAGGGAGUCAGCUGCCAGGUCAAGAGAGCGGAAGCAGGCCUAUCAAGUGAAAUUUGAGUCAAUGGCAGUGAGACUAGAGGAAGAGAAUGAGCAGCUUUUGAAAGAGAAGGCAGAGCGGACAAAGGAGAGGCUUAAACAGCUAAUGAAGAAUGUGAUCCCUAUCACGGAGAAGCGAAGACCUUCACGUUUCCUUCGGAGAGUUCGUUCCACGCAGUGGUAA